ACCGGUGGAUCCAGUUUGAUCCAUCCCUCUCUCUUUCGCUCCCUUUACCAACUUGUUGAGUCUUCCCUUUUCUUUGUUCUUGCUGUAAACGUUCGCCAUGUAACCGUUCGGUCAUAAGCCGCGUCACUUUUUUUUUUUAACGAUCCGCUGAAGUUCGAGCUGAGUUGAAUGUACAUGUCGAUAAGACGGCGUUGGUGUCGCUUUUAAAGUGGAAAACUCGACAGGGAGGAGGGGGCACGCACUUUAGAGGCUUUCACACAGCGACAGUCACCUGUAGGAGACUGCAGAUGCGCACCUCUUGAACUUUUCGCUGCCUCUCUGAGCUUGAGCAUUAGAGCUGUUUUCUUAUCGGAUGGUUACAUGUUGAUCUGGAGGAAAUAAGUUUCUAUAUCUUCCUGAAACCUCCCUGGAUAAAUUAGAACCUCUGAAGAAAUGGAAAUGGAAACUUCUGAAGACUAUUCUACUAGUAACGGCCAAUGCUCUUCCGGCAAGGAGGACUCGAGAAUGGUGGUGGAUAUGUCACCACCUAAUGUACCAGCACAUCCCCAGGGUCCUAAUUCCCCCAAUGAAGUGGCUAUAAAGCAAGAGGAAGAUCUGGUGGAAGAUGGUGACAACAGCAGCACAGCACCUGAAGAAAUGGGUCACCCAGGAGAUGAAGGAGCAACACCGGAGGAAUCUACGACUAGCAGCCCACACAAUGGACAAGAUGGGUCGGGACCAAAUGCACCAUCAGAUGCAGGGAUUCGACAGCAAAAUGGUGACAGGCCUUUCCAGUGCAACCAGUGCGGUGUAUCGUUCACCCAGAAGGGGAACCUGUUGCGACACAUUAAGCUGCACACAGGUGAAAAACCCUUCAAGUGCCCCUUCUGCAGCUAUGCUUGCCGACGCCGUGAUGCCCUCACUGGCCAUCUUCGUACUCAUGCUGUUGGCAAACCACACAAGUGCAACUUCUGUGGACGGAGUUACAAACAACGGACAUCUCUGGAGGAGCACAAAGAGCGUUGUCACAGUUACCUCAGCUUGGAUCCUGGUGCCAACACAGGCCCUUACACAGGUGAAGUUCCAAAAGGGGGCAUGGCUGAGGCCGGCAGUAUGCCAGCCUUCGAUCGGCCACCUGUCAUUGAAAGACUGCCCACUAACGUUGGCAAGAGGAAGAGCACUACACCUCAAAAAUUUGUGGGAGAAAAGCUUCGCUACAGCUACCCUGAUAUCGGCUAUCAUGAGAUGCGCUUGAAAUAUGAAAAUCAUCCUGAAUUGAUACCACCCCACAUGAUGGACCAGGCUAUCAACAAUGCCAUGACAUACUUGGGAUCAGAUAGCCUCCGUCCUAUGCUCCACCAUCCAGGUCCAUCUGUAUCUAUGGCUGAGGUUGUUCCCAUUGUCAAUCCCCUGUAUCACCAUGUUCUACCAUUUAGCCAGCAACCAGAGCGUCCAGGAAACUGCGAAACACUUCCACCACAUCCACCCCAAUCCCAAGAAUUUCCGAGCCACCCCACUUCGAAUGGCCCUACGUCCUUAACUCGGCAGAACAAGCAACCUCAGGCAUCACAGGAGGAAUCAGCAAGCAACAGCGGCGUUGAUUCGGCUGACUCGGCUCGAAGCAGCCCUCAGGAAAGGCAGGGGUACCUGAACUCCAGCGCAGCUGCAGUCCUCAGGUCACGAGCCAGUCCAGUUGUGGGCUCUGGUGAGCGAGUUAUUGAUGCGUCACCCAGGAGUGGGACAGGAGUGGGAACAGGGAUGAUGCGUUUGGCAACAGAGCGGCCAAUGGGCCAUGAAGGGGUGCGGGUGUUCGCUCGAGACGGCCACGAGCUGCGAGCCUUUCAGUGUGAACACUGUCGACUGCUCUUUCUGGACCACGUCAUGUACACCAUCCACAUGGGUUGCCACGGUUACAGAGAUCCCCUGGAGUGCAACAUCUGUGGUCACCGAAGCAAAGAUCGCUAUGAGUUCUCUUCGCACAUAGUUCGAGGGGAGCACACUUUCCAUUAAAAGGGACAAAAGGGAAGCAAGCGGGAAGCUUUGGGAAAAAGACAAGCAUUAACCUGCUACCCAUCCCUUCCCUGUGAAAGUGCAUAAAACAGUGACACUGUAGGCAAGUGUAGCACAAUCAAAGACUACUUUUUAAGCUACUGGUUGUAAAUUGGAGCUGUUGAACAAUCACAUGAAGGUAUGGGCCAAAGACUUAUUUUGUACUUAUUUAACUAACUUAGAACAAAGAAGGUUUUUUUUCCUCUUUUUUAACCAAUUAAUUGUUUAUGAGAGCAGCUGCCAGCUUUUUGCCCGUUUUUUAUUUUAAUUUUACAUUUUAGCUUUUGAGUUUUAAAGUUUGUUCAGCUGCAAAACUCACUGUUACAUAGUCAUGUACCAUGAAGACUCAAUAAAAUGUAAGAAAAAUGGAAAGUAGCUUAGACCAAUCUCACCAGUGCAUUACUGAACUGACUGUGGAAAUUUAGAACAAAAAGAGAAAGGUGUAAUUUAAUUAAAAUAAGAUGAGAGGAGACAUGCCAGUCCCACUGGCAACACAAUGGCCACACAAUGUCAAAGUAGUUUUAUAAUCAAAUACAUUUUAGAAGUGAAAAUGUAACGUUUUUAAAAUUAUACAACAGAUUUCAAAAGGAUAUUCUGUUAUACAUGUACAUCAGUGUCAAUCUGAAUUAAUCCAUGGAUCCUUUGGUAAUUGGAUGUGCUUCUUAGAGAAAAAUGACAAAAACCAACAAACCUAUCAUCCUAUGCUGACAUUGGGAGGUGCUGUUCUUCUUUACACAUUAAUACCAUGGUUUUAUUUCUGUUUAAACCUUCAUGACCUCAAAAAACAGCUUGUAUUUCAAUUCAAUAUUUGCAUUUUAAAACUUUUUUUUUCCCAAUACUGGUUUGUGAUGUGCAAAUUCAAUUAUCAAGGUAUUCAUGGUCCCAAAUCUCAUCAUUCCAAACUUGUAGUUAUACUGUAAAAAUAUGAAAACAGAAUUUUUGGACACAUGCGCUUACAAGAUUAAGUCGCAGACUAUGAAGAUAAGCAUGCUGAAAGGUAAACAGUACCCUGAUUGUUGCCUUAUUGUUCAUAUUCAUAUCAAAUCUCAGACUUAUUCUUUUCAGUCUUUUCUGUAACAUUCCAAGUACUCCAUAGAUACGCAUAAAUGUAUUUGUUUCCCUAGAGCUGCAACUCUAGCACAGCGCUACAUUCACAAAUAUGAACAAUUAUCAUCUUUUUAAAUAGAUACUAUUAUAAAAAAUGACAGUUAUUGUAACUGUCAGUCACAAUAAUAUUUUGUUGUUGGCACAGGGGACUAUGUUCAAGUUUCAGACUUGAACAUAGUCACACUUUGGUUGCAAAAACAAAGACUUCAAACUUAACUUUGAAGGCUUAAAACUUAUUUAGAUGUGUGGUGUUAGCAACAUUUUUAUUAUUUUAUCAGGAGUAUCAAUAUUCCCAGCUUUUCAUAAUAAAAGUAUUUCCUGUUUUGUUCAUUCAGAAAUGAUACAUUCUCUCUAAUUUAUUUACUACAUGUAACAGGGUGCCUUGGAACAAGUUCACUGCUUAGACUUUACAUCAAUGUCUAAACAUUUGACACCAGAUAUUUUAAGAUCAAAUUAAACUUAAUAUCAAAUAUUUAAAAUAUAUAAAUGUAACAUGGCUUAAUAAUAAACACAUUACAGUUUAUUACAUGCAGGGAAAUUACUUUUGAACAUGCUAGUAAAUUAAAUGCAAAGGCCACUUACCUAUUUGCUUGUAAGAGAGGGAUUUAAACCAUUGGGCAACAAAGAUUUAUUACAAAGAUACAGACACCCUUUCUGAUGUACCUCACUUUUUAAUCUUUUUGGAUUUAAACAUGAAACCAUAUGACUUGGUAUAAUAUAAAAUGUGUAUUUUUGUUGCAUAGUAGAUAUAUGCAGGUUGCACUGUUUGUCCUUUUUGUGCAUUAUCACCAUUGCAAAGAAACGGUUUACUGAUGCUGAAGCUAAAGUUUUGCGCUUCGUUGGUUUUCAUCUGCGGUUUUAUUAGGCCUAUCUUUCGCUAAUGGAGCUGCUCUUUUAUCUUCUCCUCUUCAACCUUCAUCUCACGAAUAAGCAAGUACACACUAAUGUAUGUUAGUUUCCUUCACUUUGAAUCUUGCUUUUCUCACUUGCUAUAUGCCAUUACAAUCAUGUAUGACCUUUAACAGCAAAGAUCAAGAAAGGAGCAGUAUGAGCUAGGGGAUAAGUGAACAGAGUGUGGUUUCCCUACGUACAAUAGUACUAAUCUAAAGGAACUUCCAAAAACUACAGCAUAUCAACUUUUAUACCCUUCAUCAUCUAAGAAAUAUGUAUUAAAAUUAUGUUAAGGCCAUCUACAAACUUCUUACUGUAGUUCAUUGAAGCAUAGCAAAUUUGGGUUAAAGAGCUGGUCCUUUCAUAGCUUCUCAGCACUGUGCUCAGUACAGUAGAUCAUGGUCAUGCACUUUAUGUAUCUGUCUAGGCAAUGCUAUUUUAAUGCAGGCAUAACAGAAAACAAUGCAGUUUAUUCAUAGAACAAUCAUGGAGCAGCAUAAAAAAGGCAAAACUUUGUGUUUUUUUCUGAUAUCUUAUGAAUAUGCUUGUUUGGUUAUUUUUAUGUAAGACAUUCUGCAAGAUAUAAGCAUUAUUUGUUUCACACAACUUUUCCUUUUUUUUAAACAAUCCUGUAAGUUUCCUGUAUUCAUGAAAUCAAUAGGCAGCUUUUUUCUUGUUUACAUGUUGCCUCUUAGCAUAAGAACUCAUGGUAAGGUUUUGGUAUUGGAAAUUGUUUACACCUUGCAGCUUUUAUAUUCAAUCUUUUCAUUAUUUUGUCUAUUUACCACUGUAUACAUUUAGUUUCUGCAAAUGUUUAUGUUUUAGAAAGGGGGUAUUAUGGAAAAACAAGCUUUUAAUGUAUUGCUAAUUGCAUUUUCCUUAUGUUUAUAAGCUCAACUUGUAGGUAUAAUACAACUCUACCUGUCUGUCUUAUCCAAGCAGCCAUAUAAACAAAACAAACAAAAAAGUCUUCUUUCACCCUCUGUGUAACUGAGGACUUUACUUGAAAAUUCUAAUCAUUGCUAAUGCUACAUGUUGUGUUUUUUGUAAGUUUUGAUGACGAGCCUAGUAAAUGUCUAUUUUUCUGCUGAAAUGUUAAUACGAAUAGUUUUGUGAACUUUGUAUGGUUUUGAAGUUUAACAAAUGUUUACAAAAUUGUACAAGGAGUGGUUCUGGGUGCAUAAUAAUGAUAUUGGCACUGAAUAUUGAAAUUAUUCAGGAACAUGUGCCGACUGAUGAGUUUUCAUAUUGACAGACUUUCUAAUGUAAGGGCUCUCAGGAAUUUGAAUAGGCCUUGUAUUUUUUAUGUAGUUUAUUUAUCGAGAAAGAUGCGCGGAGAUUUCAGUUUCUCUGGUGCCUCUUAACACUCAAAGUGGUGAAGGAAGUUGUUCAGCCUUGUAUUUUCUUUCUAUGCUCUUUUUUAUCCUCAUUGUCUUUAUUUUUACUUUGCAUCAUUGACUAUAUGAAGACACACAGCUGUGAACAUUGCAGUGUACAUUUUAAGGCAUGAUUUCCCUUAAUUAAAGAAAUGGUUUUACUGCUUCA